AUUACCAACCACGCCUUUGCAAAUGCUAUUUCCCCAUCAUUGAAUUUAUUACUCAGAUAUCUGCAAGGGCUUGUACUCUGUCCCUCAAAAACAAAGCACCAUCAUGUCUAAUGACUCUGGCGAAAAGCACGCCUCGAAUGGCAUGAAAUUCACGCCGACUGAGCGUCACGACACAUACUCUUACAUCAACCCUACCAAUUCCAACCUUUCGGGAAAACAUGUUCUCAUCACUGGUGCUUCCAAAGGCGUCGGCCGCGCCACGGCCAUCAGCUACGCAAGAGCAGGUGCAUCCUGCAUAGCCCUCGGCGCGCGAUCCUCGCUAUCCGACGUCGUCUUGGAAGUUCAAUCUGCAGCCAAAGACGCAGGUCAUUCGCAACCACAUGUCUUGGCCUUGAGCCUCGAUGUCACCAGUAAAGACAGCGUAGAUGCUGCAGUGAAAGAAGUGGCCGAGAAGUUUGAUGGAAGACUUGAUGUUCUUAUCAACAAUGCAGGAAGUCUCACGCCCUUCGCCGGCAUUCCAGAAUCUGACCCGGAAGCCUGGUGGAGCGACUACGAGGUCAGUGUUAAAGGCCCUUAUCUCGUGACCCGCGCAUGUUGGUCUCUACUCCUCGCUGGCUCCAAAAUCAUCAUAAACCUUACAUCCAUCGGCGCUCUCAUGAUCGUUCCGCAAAGUUCAUCCUACGGACCAGCGAAACUAGCUUCUUUGCGCCUCACAGAGUUCAUUGCCCAGGACCAUGGUGAGGGGAAAGACGGCAUGGUAGCUAUUGCUGUGCAUCCUGGCGGCGUGCAAACAGAACUUGCUUUGAAAAUGCCGGGGCAUAUGCAUGAAUGGCUUGUUGAUACACCAGAAUUGGGAGCGGACACAUUGGCUUGGUUAGGAAGUGAGAGAAGGGAGUGGUUGAGUGGAAGGUAUGUUAGUGCGUGCUGGGACAUGGAGGAGUUGGAAAAGAAGAAAGGGGAGAUUAUUAAGGGGGAUUUGUUGAAAAUGCGGUUGGCUGUUGAUGUAUAGCUGCCCCAUUAGGCAAGUGUUAGUGAGAUGCUGGCUGGAUACGUCAGAUAAGUACGUCAAAGGAGAUUUUGUUACAAGCCUAAAAGCAAAAGCGGUUGUAGGAAAAGUGUGGUUCUUGGAAGAAGCAAUAAAAUUUCUGAUAGAGGUUUGUGUCCUCUUAUUCGUACGUAGCGAAUACUGGUG